AUGAGUAACAACUCAACAUGUAUUCAACCAUCCAUGAUCUCUUCCAUGGCUUUACCGAUCAUUUAUACCUUCCUUUGUAUCAUUGGUCUCUUUGGAAAUUCUCUCUCUCAGUGGGUAUUUUUAACAAAAAUAGCUAAGAAAACAUCAACGCACAUCUACCUAGCACAUCUUGUGACUGCAAACUUGCUUGUGUGCAGUGCCAUGCCUUUCAUGGUUAUCUAUUUCCUGAAAGGUUUUCAAUGGGAAUAUCAAUCUGUGCAAUGCAGGGUGGUCAACUUUUUGGGAACUCUAUCCAUGCAUGUAAGUAUGUUUGUCAGCCUCUUAAUUUUAAGUUGGAUUGCCAUAAGCCGCUAUGCUACCUUAAUGAAAAAGGAUUCCACACAAGAGACCACUUCGUGCUACGAGAAAAUAUUUUAUGGCCAGUUACUGAAAAAAUUUCGCCAGCCCAACUUUGCUAGAAAACUAUGUGUUUACAUAUGGGUAGUUGCUCUAGGCGUAAUUAUUCCAAUUAUCAUAUACUACUCAGUUGUGGAGGCCACAGAAGGAGAAGAGACCCUGUGCUACAAUCGGCAGAUGGAACUAGGAGCCAUGAUCUCUCAGACUGCAGGCCUCAUUGGAACCACAUUUAUUGGAUUUUCAUGUUUAGUCGUACUAACAUCAUAUUACUCUUUUGUCAACCAUCUGAGAAAAAUAAGGACCUGUACAUCCAUUACAGAGAAAGAUUUGACUUACAGCUCUGUGAAAAGGCACCUUUUGGUUAUCCAGAUUCUACUAAUAGUUUGCUUCCUUCCAUAUAGCAUUUUUAAACCCAUUUUUUUUGUUCUACGCCAAGGAUCGGACUGUCAGCAACUGAAUUAUUUAAUUGAGAUAAAAAACAUCCUCACCUGUCUUGCAUCAGCCAGAAGUAGCACAGACCCCAUUAUAUUUCUUUUUUUAGAUAAAACAUUCAAGAAGACACUAUAUGAUCUCUUUACAAAAUCUGAGUCACCACAUAUACAACCCUCUGGUUGA